AUGGCUUCCCUUUUUUCGGUGGAAGCCCUCCAUCAGGCUCUCAGUACCGAUAUCCCCAGGCUGAUACUCUCAUCUGCUGUUCUUGGAGGGUUGUCUCACGUCUCCAUUUUCCGAAGUUUGCCCGUGGAGGAGCACCUAUACCCCCUUCUCGCUUUCUACGCCGCAGCAGCCGUCGCUGUAGCAAUCGCCUAUCUAUCGAUCACAGAAAACUCCCCAGCUCAGGCCCUUUUUCGCCUAGGAUGCAUCACUUCGGCGUUUAAUACCGGCCUGGCAUCUAGCAUCGCAAUAUACCGGCUAUUCUUCCAUCGCUUGCACCGUUUCCCCGGACCAUGGCUGUCUAAGGUCUCUCGGUUCUACGAUGCGUAUCUUGCGGGUAAGGAUGUGCAGUAUAACGUUGAGAUUGCGAGGAUGCACCAGGAAUACGGAGACUUUAUCAGAACUGGCCCACGAGAAAUCUGCAUCGUUCGCAAAUCAGCCGUGCCUCUGCUUUUAUCACCGCAGUCGAAAUGUGGAAAAUCGACUUUCUACGCUCAGGCACAAGCAGAAUCGAAAUACUGCUCUGUCCAUCAUACUCGCGACUUCGAUGACCAUCGCCGACGGCGAAAAGCGUGGGAUCGCGGGUUCAGCAUUAAAGCUCUAGCGGGAUAUGAACCAAAUAUCACAACAAAAGUCGAUCUCCUAAUCUCCCAUAUCGAAAAGGCCCAAGACGCAAUUGACGCAACCAGCUGGUCCAUGUUCCUCAGCUUCGAUAUCAUGGGCAACGUCGGGUUCGGCAAGGAAUUCAACAAUCUGUCGACAGGCGUUGAGCAUCCGGGGAUUAAAGCUGUGCAUGACCAUAUGGCGAUCUUAGGAACCAUGGGCCAUGUCCCGUGGCUGUUGAAUAUAAUCAGCCAUCUCCCCGGCGCGACCUCGGCGAUGGCGGAAUUCUUCAAGUGGUGCGAGGAUGAAGUUGUGCAGAAGCACCAGGUUUACAUCAAUGAACACCCCCGAGAUGUCGUCUCGUGGCUUCUCACAGCGUACGUCGAAAAAGACAUAUCGGCUGCACCCACCGCGAACGCACUGCAUGAAGACUCCAGAGCUGUUCUUGUAGCCGGCAGUGAGACGACAGCUACAACACUGGCAUCGAUAUUAUACUAUUUGUGCAAGAACCCGAAGACUCUGUCUAAACUGCAGCGCCUGCUGGAUGAGGCCAUGCCAGGGGGGUCUACGGAAUGGGCAUAUGAGAAAAUCAAGAACAUCAGCUACCUUGAAGAUAUCAUCAACGAAACGCUGCGAUUGCGACCUGCCGUUUUGACUGGUGGAUAUCGCGUCACCCCGCCCGAGGGGAUGCAGGUUGAUGAGGUUUAUAUCCCUGGCGAUGUGAAUGUUUUUGUGCCGACUCAACUUACUCAGACGGAUGAGCGGUAUUACACUGACGCAAAGAGCUUCGUACCUGAGAGAUGGACUGAGGACAGGGAAAUGAUCCAGGAGGAAGCUCCAUAUUUUCCCUUUUUAUACGGCCCGUAUAUCUGCCCCGGAAAACACCUUGCUCUUAUGAGUCUCCGUAUUUCGGUUUCCAAACUGGCCCAGCGAUACAACAUCAGCUUCGCGCAGGGUGAGACUGGGGAACUGUUCGAGACGAAGACGUUGGAUACAUUUACCACUACGCUGCCACCACUCCAUGUGCAGUUUUCGCCCAGGUGA